AUGGAGUCGCCCUUGCAGAUCCUUCAGGGUCGAGCUGCCCCCGUGCAGCGCCCGAAGCCGAAGCCGAAGACCGAGAAGGUGCUGGUCCCGCGGAUUUUGCAAUGUGGAAAGACAUCAAACUGGCCGAAGGCUGUGGCUUUGCUUGCAGAGUCUCUCCAGACCCGUGUGCCAGCAGAUGUCGCUAUGGAGUGCACCCUCAUUGCUCUGGCUCGAGGUGACCAGUGGCAACGGAGCCUCCAGUUGUUGGUGCAAUUGGAGAGGGCGGCUGCUCGAGGCUCUCCCAAGCCUCGCCCGGCCAUCUACACCUCAGCGAUCGGAGCUCUGCGGCGGCAGGGGCUCUGGAAGCAGGCCCUGGGCUUGCUUUCCAUGGCCGAAGACGCAGGUGUGGUGUUGGAUCUGCCUAUCAUCAACACUGCUAUCGGCGUGUGUGGUUACGGCCUGCAGUGGGAGCGAGCACUUGAGCUUCUGGACCAGCUGCCGCGGCAGAGGCUUCAGCCAAGCAUCUACAGCUACAACUCUGCUGCGGCGGCACUCGGGUCAGCGAGGCAGUGGGAGCACGUGUUGGCUCUUGCGGAGACGAUGCACCGGCGGCAUGUUGCUCUCGAUGCCGCAAUGCAAGACUGCGUGGAGAAAUCAGAAGCUGUGGGGCGCAGACAGAUGCAGAUUGACGCAAUGGACGUCCUUUCUGCGGCAAGCGAUUGGCGGGAGGCGUUGGCCAGCCUGCGAAGUCUAGGCGAGCAAGCAGUGCGAGCUGAUGCAAAGAUGCAUAAUGCCGUCUUGGAUGCUUCCUCUCGAAGCUCUCAUUGGGCUGAGGCGCUGGCGCACUUCAACCGAAUGAACGCAGAAGUGAGACCCACAGCCGCCUCUUUGACGAGCGUGAUUGCCGCGAUGGGUGCUGCUAGAAGGUGGUGUGAGGCUCUGCACAUGUUUUGGCAGACCGGUCAAAGCGGUGAAGCCGGCUUGGCGGUGAACGUGGACAUCUACCUUUGCGUUACGGUGUUGCAUGCUCUUCGAAGUGCAGGCAAGUGGCCGCACGUGCUUCAUCUUCUUUCAGAGAUGUCGGCAAAGCGUCGGCGGUCUGGGCUUGAUCUUCCAAAAUCGUUCCUACCUGUUCCAGACAGCAUGUGCUUCAAUGUUGCUAUCAGCGCCUGUGCAGAUGCUACACUUUGGCAGUCAUCGCUUGCCUUAUUUCGAGACCUGAAACGGCGAAAGAAUUCAAUGCUAACUGCAGUGACUUUCAAUGCUGCGAUUCAAGCGUGUGGUCAAAGCAACCACUGGCAGCAUGCCUUGGGGUUGUUUGCGAAGUUGCCGCAUUAUUCCCUUCGGGCGAAUGAGGUGACAUGCCUCUCCGUCAUGCAAGCUCUAAACAAGGCAGAGGUGGAUCAGCUGCCACGGAUUCUUCGCCUACUGCAAGACAUGAGGAGCCAAAGCAUGCAGCCCGGCGUGACUGUCUUCAGCGCGGUGAUUGCCGCCUGUGGUGGCCAGGGCCAGUUUGACAUCAUAAGCAAAUUGCUCGAGGACAUGGUCAGCAUCAGUACUGCUCCAAACACGGUCGUGCUCAACACCGCAAUGAGCGCUUACAUCGACUGUGGGCAGUUGAAGCAGGCAUAUGACCUGUUCGGUGGCAUGCCGGACUACUCAGUUCGGCCAGACCUGGAUUCGUACAACACGAUUCUGAAAGGGGCCUCGAAGGAGGGUUUGUGGGAGUAUGCCUUGCAGAUGCUGGAAACCAUUCGAGCCGUCAACUUUUCUCCGGAUGUGGUGAGUUACACAACUGCUAUCCAUGCUUGUCGCCGCGGAUCGCUGUGGCGUGAAGCUGUUCACUUGUGCUGGGAGAUGCGUUCACAAAGGGUUCGGCCUGACACGAUGGCUCUUGGGGCCACCAUCAAUGUGUGUGCGGACUCUGUGAAAGUGGAUGAAGGCUCUCCGGGCAGCUGGGCCUUUGCUUUGGGCCUUUUCGGCGAGGCAAAGCUUCGGAGCCUCCCGCUCAGCACACAGUUCCUGAACAUGGCUUUGCAGGCCUGCACUAUGGCCUCGGAGUGGGCUGCCUCCAUCGGCCUGGUAGAGGACUUGGGAGGAAAGUUCUACAAUCUGAAGCCAUGCCUCGUCACCUCGAAUCUGCACUUGACGGCGCUCUGCAUCGGGCACCAGUGGCGAGUAGCGAUUGAUGUUCUGGAGAACGAGUGGCCAGCGCGUGGCCACAUUCCAGAUUCCUCGACUUACAACACCUGUAACGCGGCCGUGUCAAGCGAGUCUGCGGCGAAGAAACUGCAGAAGGUCAACCAAUACCUUCUCCGUUGCCUCAUGGUCGAACACACUGGCCUGCCGUACAAGCCUGAUUCCCACGUGCUUGACUUGCACGAGAUGAGUUCGAACUCCGCCAAGGCUGCCGUCCGCGCAGCAUUGGACGACAAGAGUAGGUCAGAUGUCGAGGGCGCCUUGUUAAUUGUCACAGGAAGAGGUCUGCACAGUCCAGACGGAGGUCGCCUCCAGUCGGAGGUGGCUGAAUUGCUGCAGGAUGAGCUGCAUGUCCGAAUACGUCCGACAAAAGACGGUGGUGGUGCUGCGUUUGCGGCGACAGCAUGCCCACACGCCGACGGAUGCGGAAUUGCAGAGAACAACUCACGCCUGCAGCUGAUUUACCCAUCACCAGAUGUGCUAGGUGACAUGCGCGAGCGUGAAGGCGAGGGCCCGGUUCCUCCUUUCAGCGGAGCUCGUGCUCUCAAGAUCAUCGAGUCUGAGCUCGGCAAGCCGGCCAGCGAGCUCUUUGAGGAGUUCGAUGACAAGCCCAUGGCGGCCGCAUCCCUCGGACAGGAUGAUGACCCGGGCAAGCCUAGGGGCGCCUUGCAAGAGACCGCGCGGACCAAUGCCUACACGGUCUAUGCUCAUCACGAGCCACACGCCGAGCCAAUGCAGCAAGGCAACGCGAGAAGCGAUCCGGUUGCUGGAGACAUUGCCAAACAGUGUUGUUCUUCAAAUAGGAGGCAGCUUCAGAAUCACUUCGACAAGUGCCUGAAGCCAAAGAGGACAGAGACCAUGGCGAAGUGGUUGAAAGAUGCUUUUAAUCCCAUCACAGCGGAGGAUACCCCAGCUGCCAGAUCAGCAGGCGAGUCCCUGGAAGCAGAACUUCAGGCCUUGAGGGGAGACGGCUCUGCGAAGCCUCAGAAGAGACCUCUCCACUUCUACUGCGAGGUCAGUCGUGGUGUUGCGCUCUUGUCCUACCCUGGAGAAGAGGAGGAUUUGAAUGCUCCUUCUCCGUCAGAGCUGGUGCAGCGUGUUUUCGUGCAGCAGCGCGAUGGUGGGCAAGAUGCACAGGCAGCACGAUUCGUGUGUCGCAUGGCUCCACUGGAUUAUGUCUGCGCACCUCAUCUGAAGAACUUCCAGGCAGCGGCGGCCGCGGUGCUGCCCGGAGCUUUUGCCAAGGCCAGGGAUGGUGCGGGUUGGUACUUUGCUUUCCACAGCCGUGCGAUGGGCACCAUCAAACGCGAUGAAGCGAUGAGUGUGUUAAAGCAAGUCUUGGGCCCCUUGCCGGUGGAGCUCUCAGUGUCCGAUGCAGAGUACAUGGUUGUGAUCGAGGUCAACCCAGUCCUUUGUGGUUUCUCAGUUCUACAAGAUUAUGAACAUCUCCUCCACGAGUGCAAUCUGCAGAAAGCUUGCGAAGUCUACGAGAACAAGGCCUGUGACUGCGACUUCGAGAGUGAGGAUGAGCCGGAGGACGAAGACGAAGACGACGAGGAUGACGAAGAGGACGAGAAAGAUGGUACUCGUACCGAAGACAAAGCCGAGGCCCAGGUGCACAGAGCCAGGACGAAGGAUGGCAAAGAGCUUGCCAUCAAGAUCCAGCGAGACAAGCUGAAGGAGAUGUACGAUCUUGAUUUAGCACAGUUUGACAAGAUUGCUGUCAUGCUGGACAAGUACAAGAUCGGAGUGGAAGGUGCUUCGCAGGUGUGGGUCGACAUGUUCGAGGAUGCCAAGGUCAUUCUUUAUCGAGAGAUCGACUACCUGGCAGAGGCGGAAAACACGAGACGGUGGACUGAGAAUUUCAAGGAGGUCAAGUGGGUCACGAGCCCCGAAGUUGUAGACGAGUUCACCACCUCGAAAGUUCUGGCGCUCACAUUCAUCGCCGGUACAAAGAUUUCGGACCUGAAGAAGCUCGAGAGUCAGGGCUUCGACAGGACGCUCCUGGCCAAGAAUCUUGCGCAGGCAUACCUCCUCCAGUUCUGCAAGUUCGGUUUCUUCAACACGGACCCCCAUCCUGGCAACUUGGCCGUGGAUGACAAAUACCCGGGAGGUCGCCUGAUCUUCUAUGACUUUGGCCAGGCUUGCGAGCUCACUGACGGUCAAGCAGAUGGCAUCCUACAGGUGAUCCAGUCCAUUGUGGACUUUGAGGCCAAAGACUGCGUGAAGGCCAUGGACAGCUUGGGCUGCCUGAAAGAAGGGACCGACUUCAAGGCCGUUGAAGGUGUCGUCCAGAAAAACUUUGAGACGGGCAAGGUGAAGAGCAAGCGAAGCAAGCGAAAGCGCGAGCUCACAGAGGAGGAGCAGCAGAAGAAAGCUCCAAAGCAGUCGGAGGUGAUGAAGUACUUCCAGCUGCCUCCUGCGCUGGCAUUUGUGUCCCGAGCCAUCACUCAGAUGCAGGGCGUCGGUGUGAUGCUGGACGAGGAUUACGAGUUUAUCGACUUCGUCGCCGACAAGGUGCCAGAGCUUCAGGUCGAGCGGGGCGCUGGCAUUAGUUACAUUGCCGGGCAGCUCUUCAAGAACUGGGUGAGAGCAUGA